UCUAUUAAAUCAACAUCCAUAUUAAGAAAGGAACUAUUACAUGUAAUUAUGACUUAUUAUGUAUUUCUAUAUCUCCAUUUUGUUCACUCAAUUCGCUGCAUCUAAGCGCACCGAUAGACAUUUAAUCUAUGCGAUUACCCAAGUCUGACAACCACAUAACGAAGAACCACACGAGCGCACCAGAAAUGAAGAAGAUUGACAUGCAAACACCGAUAAUGAGGAAGAAGAAGCUUCCACGGAACUUGGUCUGCGCUUGCUGUUGAGUCAGGAUCGAAGCUACCAUCUUUGGCGAUUCUCGCAGCUUUCUCUGCAUCGUUGCGUUCACUGACGAGCUUCUCUUGUUCAGCAAAGGUGAUAUAUCUCUUGUCUGAUUUCUUUAUGUCAAUAUGUCCCGCUACAAACUGCAAGAGACUUGGGAAACGACGUUCAGUCCAUUGUUCAAUUCUCGACAACGCAACAGAAAGCUUGAUAAAGUUAGGAUCAGCAGGAGACAACUUCUCGUGUAUUUUUCUAGAGUAGAAGACGAAUUUUUCAGCUACGUCUCUUGGAUUUCUGAUUGUCAUAAGAAUUUUGACUGCAGCGGCUUUGCGUAUUUUAACAUUUUUGUGCAAGAUAUCUGGGUUCAUAAAGCACGCUUCGAGGGUUGCGAUAGCGUGUACUUGAGGUAUAGCGGCAAAGUUGAAAACUGAUUGGUUCUUAAGCAAAGCGAGGUAAUCUAAUACAUCAGGAGCAUGUCUGAGAGCGUCAAGAACCAUUGAGGAGAUAACCCAUAAGGCUUUCUCUUCGUUACCUGGCUCUUUUAAGUCAGCACGGCUGUUGAACCCUUGCUGCUUGACUAAUGACAUUGGCCAGAAUUCCCUGCCGAGGUCCACAUCUUCGCGGUAGUCCCUAAGGAUGUUUGUCUUCUGCAAGAACAAUCCCAUACUAUUUGAUAAUUCCAAUUGGUCAGCAAUGAAUGGCUUCUCAAGCUUAGUUGCUGCAAAUAAUCCUGAUAAACCCUCACCAACAAGGCCAGCGACGAAAUGACAGUAUAAAUCAAAGUCUUUGAUAUCUUCGACACCAGAUUGACCACGUUCGGCGGCAGCGCAAUAGUCAGCCAUACCAUUACCCAUUUUCUUGGUGAUGUCAGCUAUGACCUUCUUGCAUUCAUCAUCCAAGAGCAAGAAUUCAUCAAUAACAGCGUGGAAUUUAACUAAGAGGUGUCUAUCCUUCUCUUCUGGACCAGAUUCGGUGAAAUUCCAGCCUGGCUCGUAGAGUUUCUGAUGAAAUGAUCUCAAAAUAGGCUCCUUUACGUCGAGUGGUAUGGUCAUGUCGUCUUCAACUGUAUCCAAACCGCGAAGGACGAGGUAGAAGAUACAAAUGACUCUAGCCAAGACGCUAUCUAACUCUUUGAUUACAGGUGCAAAUGAUCGUGAAGUCUUAUCGAGGAAAUCCCAGCAAGUCCUCAUAGAUUCUCUAUCGAACCCAGUCGUUGCGUGUUCUUCUGGGCUGGUAAUGUCUCUUUUUGGUUCAUACCAGAUUUUGUACUGAAGUAGUGUACGGAAUUCGAGUGGAUGGGUUAACGCGAGUUUCUAUAUAUCUAUUAGACUGCGGGUUAAUUAUAAAGCGCAGAGAACUCACAACUAAAUCCGUUGCCGACAUGGCUGUUUAUGCUCAACUUCUGUCUGCCAGCGCGGGGUCAGAUGAUCUGAUUUUGGAUAUAUUUUUAAUUAUUAUUUAUUCUUUAAAUCUCAGUACUUUUAUACAAAUAGCAUCUCUCUAUGUUCUUGACUUGGUUGCCUCUGUGUUGACUAUCUGGUAUCAAUCACCUUCACUUGCUACACUAAUGGACUCAAAUGAAUUUAAUGAUAUAACUGAUGAAAUUUAUACGCCAACGGAGAAUCUCCGUUUGGGUGAAAUGAUCUACUCGCCUGGCUUCACUUUACUAGACGCAAUGAGCGCGAUACAUAUCGGUGAUCCUCGUAUGGAUUCCUUCCUCUCAUCAGAUAAAGACAUCCCAGAGUCAUUCAACCCUCAACAGAAACUAAGCCUAGAAGAAAUAACAUACAUUAUUGACAGGACAACAGCACUCGAAUUGUCUUUCUACUCUGGAUCCCACCUCAUCCAAUCGUCAUACACAUCACUCUAUCUUCACAAAAUACGCUCUUUGUCGCUGGAUUUUCUCAAGUUACAGUCCUUAUCACUCCAAGAUGGUCCUAACUAUGAAUGGGAAUGGUUAGGAUUGGUACUGAGAUCAGCUCUCGUUGGCAGUUUGAAGUGCAUCCAUUACGUAUGGACUGAACUAGUCAAAGGUGUUCUUUACGAUAUAGAGGAUUUCAACUCAGAUAAAGCCAAUUUAUCACCUGGUGAACUCUACGAAGACGAGUCUGUCUCCUUCUGGUUGAAAGAGGCUAUUGAAUGGAUAAACAAAAAGAUAGAAGGUGGUCAAGCUGACACACUCAUAACUGGUUUGAGGGAUAGAUUAAAACUCAGACUUGAAUUAUUAUCAUUAUACAACCCUAAUAUAACGAACUGUCCGGUAGUAACGCAACAAGGGGCAGACAAUGUGUCUCUCGCUUCCAUAAACACUGCAUUGGGGUUAAUUCCAGCUAUUAACGCAUGUCCAGCCCCAUCAGUAACCGCAAAGCGAGCAUUCUAUGCAGAUAUUUCAAAGUAUCUGCCAAAUAUGGCGCCCUUACCUCCACUAGAUGAGUCACUAUUGCAAAUUGAGGGAACAAACGUCUGGGAAGGCUUCCGACCAUCCUUGGAAAGUAUGAAGGAUAUAAACAAAGCAAUAUGUAACCAGGAUCCAUUGGAAUGGAUCAACUGGACUUCUUUCAAAUCAAUCAUAACACCAGAAAAUAAGACACUUCCAGCAUAUGUUCGAAACCUAGUUCUCUCGCGCUUUAUUACAGAUGAAAACUUGAUCUUCGACCAGCAUUCUAUUGAAUGGAUAACAGACAAGCUUCUUGAAGAUACAAUAGGUCUACCAUUUGGUAUGGUGGGAUUGAUAGGUCAAUUUAAUAGAACCACCUUGACCGUUGUGCGCCAUUCCGAGAUGUCAAUCGGGUUGGCAUUCCAACUUUGGUCCCAGAGGUUAGCUGGUUUCUACGUCAAUCUUCUCACUACGUAUUGUCAUAAUCGAUCAAGACAGAAGCGCAAUAUACCAAAAAGCAUUAAGCAAUUUCAAGAAUUGUAUGAAGAGGCAUUAACAUUCAUCGAGCAAUCUGCAGAAUCUGUCGAGACAUUAUCACCUACGCUUUCUUCGCUGGUUCGACAAAUUCCGUUCGUUAUCAGGUCAUUCAUCCUCAGCUUAAACAUAGAAGCCCUUUUGGUGUCCACCGAACUUGAAUUGCUUGACAGUGAGCAUGAUUGGACUAUCAUAUACUGGCAGUUGAGAAGAGUAGCCUAUAUCUGGCAACAAGAGCUCUAUGAUGCGCGAUCAAAACUGAAUGCUCUUCCUGUAGAUGAACGAGUGGGAUUCACUGAUAAUCUCAAACGUAACGCUGAAGAAUGGAUGAAAGAACGCACUAAAUACGCCAACCUUAUCGAACUCCUAUCGAAAGCCACUUUAAACUCCUUCUUUAUCCAUAAACUACCUGAAUCAUUGAUGACACAACCAGAACGCCAAGCACGCUUUGAGAGGCGCUUGAAAUGGUGUAUGAGAGGUAACAUUGACAGUGAUGGUAGUCUAGAAACAGAUCCUAAGUAUACACAGUACGAGAUUGAUCUGAAUGAUCUACAGAAAUCAGCAGUACCAGAAGAAACACUUAGCUACUACAAGUCAUCUGUCGAGAGGAUAGACGAACUAUUAGAGUUAGACGUCCAUAAAGUCAAGUGUUCACUGUCGAAAGACAAGCGCUAUAAUUUACUCCAAUCUCUCCGUCAGAUCUGCGAGGUUAACAUUAGUAAUUUUAGCAACACAUCAGCAGCAUGGUCGAACGAUAUCCACCCAUGGUAUCCUAAUAUAUCUUAAACCAUGCAUUAAUUUAAAACUUCUAUACAUC